UCCCCCCCAGGUAAGGUGGAAGCUGCAGUGAUGGCUGCCAUUGAUGCUGGGUACCGACACUUUGACUGUGCCUAUGUGUAUCAGAAUGAGAAGGAAGUUGGGGAAGGGAUCCAGCAGAAAAUCAAGGAAGGUGUUGUGAAACGAGAGGACCUCUUCAUCGUCAGCAAGCUAUGGUGUACGUUUCAUGAAAAGCCUCUGGUGAAGGGAGCAUGUCAGAAGACUCUUGCUGACCUCAAACUGGAUUACCUGGAUCUCUACCUCAUGCACUGGCCUUUUGGUUUGAAGGCAGGAGAGGAGCUGUUUCCCACAGAUGACAAAGGCAUGUCUAUACCCAGCAACACAGAUAUUCUACAUACAUGGGAGGCCAUGGAAGAGCUGGUGGAUGCUGGUCUGGUAAAAGCCAUUGGAAUCUCCAACUUUAACCGGGAGCAGACUGAAAGAAUCUUGAACAAGCCGGGGCUGAAGCAUAAGCCUGCAAAUAACCAGAUUGAGUGUCAUCCAUACCUUUCCCAGGAGAAGCUUAUCAACUAUUGCCAAUCCAAAGGGAUCACUGUAACAGCAUACUGUCCCCUUGGACGCCCUGACAGGGGUAAGCCAGAGAAUCCUUCCCUUUUGGACGACCCCAAGAUCCAAGAGAUUGCAGCCAAGCACAACAAAACCCCAGCACAGGUUCUCCUUCGCUUCCAGAUCCAGAGAAACGUGAUUGCGAUUCCCAAGUCUGUCACACCACAGCGCAUUGUGGAGAACUUCAAGGUGUUUGACUUUGAAUUGACUAAAGAGGAGAUGGCAACCCUUCUCAGCUUAAACAGAAACUGGAGGAUCUGUGAAAUGAUCACGUGCAAAAAUCACAAGGAGUACCCUUUCAAUGCAGAAUACUGAAGAUAGUUUUAUCCUGCCCUCCUACAGGCCUCUGGAGUCUAAUGAGCUUCUGCCAUUGCCUAGAGUUGUCCACUAUGUAGCUUGCACACUGUAUCUCUCCUGCCAGCAAAGGCAUAGUAUAUGUAUUCAGUGACUUUGGGUUUUUCUUCUUUGGUGGAAGGAAAUACUAAAAUUGUUCUAAAGAACAAAAUAUGGGCUAUAAUUUUCUACUCAUUAGAUAAGUGUUCUCUGCAUGGCU